ACUAAACGGUCGCGGAUGGGCUGCCUCACGUGCCGCCAGAGAAAAAAGCGCUGCUGCGAGACCCGCCCGCAGUGCACAGAGUGCCAGAGACUACGAUUAAAUUGCGUGUGGCCCAAGCCGGGCACAGAACACAAGAACAAGCCUAAGGAAGUGAAGAGCCAGGAGAACAUGAUAGAUCAUGAUGUCUACGGCAAGAUCAAGGUGCUACGAGGCAUUGUUGAGUAUCGCAGC